AUGUCUAAUUAUAAUUACAUCAUUAAAUAUAUUAUUGUUGGAGAUUCUGGUGUUGGAAAGUCUUGUUUAUUACUUCAAUUUACUGAUAAACAAUUUUAUCCAGGCCGUGAAUUGACGAUUGGAGUCGAAUUUGGUACUCGUUUCAUUAAGGUAGCUGAUGGAAAGCAGAUCAAGUUACAAAUAUGGGAUACUAAAGCUUUCGAAGUAUUACACAAAGUUAUUAUCGAGGAGCAGCAGUUUAUGAUAUAUCUAGACGAGAAACAUUUGAACAUGUUUCGACGUGAUAUUAGAAACCAUGCUAAUCCUCAUACAACUAUUGUUUUAGUUGGAAAUAAAUGUGAUUUAAAUGAACGUCAUCGACAAGUCACUCGUGAAGAAGGAGAGAAAUUUGCUAAAGAAAAUGAUAUUCCCCUUUUUAUUGAAACUUCAGCCAAGUCAGCAGAAAAUGUUGAAAAAGUAUUUGCCGAAGCUGCAGAAAAUAUCUAUGCAAAGAUUAAGUCGGGUGUAUUUUCACCAAAUGAAACAUCAGGUAUAAGAUUAGGUCAUUCACAAAGUGCACUUGCUGAUGAAGUAAUAGGAGACGGAAGAGGAUGUUGUUAA